AUGGGAAGAGAGCCGUGGCCCGAAGACAGGGUCCUGGGCUUUCCUCAGCUCUUCUGCCAAGGUCCCUACUCCUACUGCAACACGACCUUGGACCAGAUCGGAACGUGCUGGCCCCGCAGCGCUGCCGGAGCCCUCGUGGAGAGGCCGUGCCCCGAGUACUUCAACGGCGUCAGUACAACACGACCCGUGAGUGCCCCCGGCUCUCGCUACCUGCUCUAUACCGGCCUCCAGGAAGGGAAUGCCUAUCGAGAAUGCUUGGAGAAUGGGACGUGGGCCUCAAAGAUCAACUACUCACAGUGUGAGCCCAUUUUGGAUGACAAGCAGAGGAAGUACGAUCUGCACUACCGCGUUGCCCUUGUCGUCAACUACCUGGGCCACUGCGUAUCUGUGGCAGCCCUGGUGGCUGCCUUCCUGCUUUUCCUGGCCCUGCGGAGCAUCCGCUGUCUGCGGAAUGUGAUUCACUGGAACCUCAUCACCACCUUUAUCCUGCGAAAUGUCAUGUGGUUCCUGCUGCAGCUCAUCGACCAUGAAGUGCAUGAGAGCAAUGAGAUCUGGUGCCGCUGCAUCACCACCAUCUUCAACUACUUCGUGGUGACCAACUUCUUCUGGAUGUUUGUGGAAGGCUGCUACCUGCACACGGCCAUCGUCAUGACCUACUCCACCGAGCGCCUGCGCAAGUGGCUCUUCCUCUUCAUCGGAUGGUGCAUCCCCUGUCCCAUCAUCAUCACCUGGGCCAUCAGCAAGCUCUACUAUGAGAAUGAACAGUGCUGGUUUGGCAAGGAGCCUGGUGACCUGGUGGACUACAUCUACCAAGGCCCCAUCAUUCUCGUGCUCCUGAUCAAUUUCAUAUUUCUGUUCAACAUCGUCAGGAUCCUAAUGACAAAGUUACGUGCGUCCACCACAUCCGAGACAAUCCAGUACAGGAAGGCGGUGAAGGCCACCCUGGUGCUCCUGCCCCUCCUGGGCAUCACCUACAUGCUCUUCUUUGUCAAUCCUGGGGAGGACGACCUGUCGCAGAUCGUGUUCAUCUAUUUCAACUCCUUCCUGCAGUCGUUCCAGGGUUUCUUUGUGUCUGUCUUCUACUGCUUCUUCAAUGGAGAGGUGCGCUCGGCUGUGAGGAAGAGGUGGCACCGCUGGCAGGACCAUCAAUCCCUUCGAGUCCCCGUGGCCCGGGCCAUGUCCAUCCCUACAUCACCCACACGGAUGAGCUUCCACAGCAUCAAGCAGACCGCCGCCGUGUGA